GGCGAGCAUGGCGGGAGGCGCACCACCGCCCUCGUUCUCUUCCUUCCCCGACACGCACCCGCCAAAGCCCCCAGCGCCCGCCUUCUCGUCCUACCCGUCCCCACCUCUUCCGCCGAGGUCCACCUCGCCGCCGCCCAGCAAGCGCUCCAGGGCUACCGACUUCCUCGACAACCUCGGCACCGACCUCGGCAUAUCCGCGAGCGAGUCGCGAUCGUCGUGCCGGCGACACGGGGGUGACGACCGCCCGACCACCUCGUCGCGCAGGCGUCACGACGACGACCGCGACCGCGAUCGCGACGAGCGGCGCAAGCCUGCAGCGGGCAGCAGCAGGCGGGACGACGGCGAGCGUGAGCGGGGCAAGGGCGGCGAGCACGGGCACCGCUCGAGGCGGGACGACCGCGACGAGCGGCGACACGGCGAGCGAGAGCGGCGACGGGACGACGACGGCUCGAGGCGGCGGCACGACGAGCGCAGGAGCAGGGACAAGGGCAAGGGCAAGGAGCGCGACCUCGAGCGGGAUAGCGACUAUGGCCCCAAGCGCAGCAAGCCGUACCAGCUCGUCCAGGCGCUCAACGGCGGCGAGGACGAUGCCUUACCCGUGGUGGUCCGCAGCUCGCGCGUCAACGAGGACUCGGCGUCGGACAAGCCGCUCUUCUACGAGUCGCGGCGAGGCGACGAGAACAACCUGCGGUACGGCGGCCUACAUCGAGGCGACGUUCCCAAGUACCGUCGACUCGGCGGUGGGCGGGUUGUCGGGCUCAACGAGGGCCUGCGCAUCACGCGCGAGACGGCCUACACCGGCCGAGGCGUCGAGAUCUCGCCCCUGAACCGGUUCCGGACACCUCGUUACACCGACUCGUCGUCUUUCCGCCACCUGACCGACAAGAACACCAAGCGCCUCACCCUCCAGCCUCGCUCCUCGCCUCACGCUCUCGGCGAGCCCGCGCUAUCCGCCGUUCCUCCCGACCCCUUCCUCGCCUCAGCCGACGACGACGGCGUCGACUUUGUAGGCUUCGACCGCGAGCGCACGACCGCCGAGAAGCUCGAGCGGCUCGAGCACGAGGACGGCACCGACUAUCGCUCGGUGGCCGGCCUCAUCAAGCCCGCCGACCUCGCCGACGCGGCCGAGUCGGACGACGACCUGUUCGCCGGCCUCGGCAUCAGCGGCGGCGAGUCGCACGCCGAGCGCCUGCGGCGCAAGAACAUCGAGCUCGACCGCGCCUUGCGCGACAACCCGCGCGACGUCGCCCGGUGGCUCGAGUUCGUCGACCUGCAAGACGAGAUCGCCCAGUCGUCGUUCGCAGGCGGUACCGGCGGCGCGUCGUCGACCAAGCGCGCGCUGAGCAAGGGCGAGCGCGCGAGCACGUCCGAGGUCAAGCUCGCCAUCCUCGUGCGCGCCCUCGCCGUGCCCGACAACGCCGAGGCCGAGCUGCUCAUCCUCGCGCAGCUGCGCGCCGCCGCCGAGGUCGAGGAGCCGCAACGCGUUCUCGCGAGGUGGAAGGACGCGUUGAGGGAGCACCCGAGGUUGACGGGCCUGUGGAUCGAGUACGUGUCGUGGCGCCAGACGACGUGGGCAACGUUCAGCGUCAAGGACGUCGUCGGCGUCUUCGCAGAGUCGUUCGAGGUGCUCGUCGACGCGAUGGAAGGCGAGGAUCCUGGGUCAAGCGGUCGCGAGAUGCUCGAGAGCAACGCCAUCUACCUGUUCCUCCGCUUCUGCCUCAUGCUCCGUCAAGCCGGUUUCGCCGAGCGCGCACUCGCCGCCUUCCAGGCCCUCGUCGAGCUCAACCUUCUUCGCCCUCCCGACCUCGAGCGCCUCCAGUACGAGCGCACGAUGCCCUGGCGCGAGCGCGUCUUCUCGGCGUUCGAGUCGUUCUGGGACGGCGAGGCGCCGCGCAUCGGCGAGAGCGGCGCCAAAGGUUGGCGUGCCACGACCGAGGACGACUUGCCGCCCGAGCCCGUCGAGUCGUCGAGCGCCGCCGUCGCCCUCGUCGAGACGGACGCGAGCCUGCGACCGCACGAGCGAUGGGCACUCGCCGAGCGCGCCGCAGCUGCCUCGUCUCGCCGUCCUGCACGUGCGACCGACGUCGAGAUGGACGACUCGGAGGACCCGUACCGCGUGGUCCUGUUCGACGACGUCAAGCCGUUCCUGUUCCUCCUGUCGUCGCCCGAGUCGACGCACCAACUCGCCUACGCCUUCCUCGCCUUCCUCGGCCUCCCGUUCGUCCCGCCCGACGUCCCGACCUCGACGCCGUUCACGACCGACCCGUUCGUGCACUCGGAGCUCGUCGAGCGGCCGAGCUUGCUCCGGCGGUACUGGCCGGCGAGGUCGAGCGGCGCGCCGUUCGGCAUCAUCGGCGGCGAGGCGAUGGAGCCUGAGCGCGACAGCGCGCUCAAGGCGCCGUGGAACGUGCCGUUCAAGGCGAUGCCGGCGACGGUCGACACCCUGUUCGGCGGGCCGAGCCCCGGGUGGUUCAAGACGCUCGGCAAGGAGGACCUGCUCGACCUCGACCUCGACCUCGCGAGGAACGCGCUCGCCCUGCUUCGUCAAGCUCUUCCCGACGACACCUUCCUCACGCUCGACGCCUUCUCGCUCGAGGCGGUUCAAGGCCCAAAAGCCGCCGUCAAGCUCGCCAAGCAGGUCCUGCGCGACCACCGCAACGACCUCGCGCUGUGGGACGCCUAUGCGCGCAUCGAGCGGCAGCGCGGCAAGGCGACCGACGCUCGCCAGGUCUACUGCACGGCGCUCUCGAUGUACCGCUCGUUCAAGCCGCAGGACCAGAUCGAAGGGCCCUUGCUGUGGCGAGCCUGGGCCGAGAUGGAGUGGGAGGAUGGGAGGACGGUCGUCGCGCUCAAGGUGCUCGUCGCCGCAGCGAGCAAGGAUAUUGUCGAUCUCGCGUCUCUCGCCUCGACCGACCUCGAUGCUCGGCCCUCUGCACCCCAGCUCCUGCGCGCGCGCCAGCACUACACGCACGACCUCGAAGCCGCCUUCCAGCCGCACGCGACGCAGGCGCUCGUCCGCAACCGCAACCACCUCGCCUUCUCGUUCGCCCUCCUGCAGUACCUGACGGGCGACUUGGCGGCGGCCGGCGACGUCCUCGAGCGGCACCUGUUCCGCCUCGACUGCGCCGGCGCAACGGGCUCGGCAGAGCACGAGGAGGCGCUCAUGAUGUUCGCCAAGCUCCUGUUCCGCCACUCGGUCGUCGGCGGCGGCUACCGCCCGGCGCAGUUGCGCGAGCUUCUCGAGCGCGCCCUCGGCGAGUUCAAGAACAACUCGAUCUUCCUCGCCCUCUUCUACCACAACGAGCAGCGCAUGAAGAUCGAGAACCACUUUCGCCGGCUCAUGGAGGAGAAGGUCCUCAAGGAGAGCGAGGCGACGAGCGAGGGCUGGCUGUUCGCCAUCUUUGCCGAGCUGCACCGCGACGCUCGCUCGACGAACGUCUGGGCGGUCCGCAACCUGUUCGACCGCGCCGUCGACAAUCCGAGGUCGAGGUCGUCUGCGUCGGUCUGGGCGCUCUACGUCGACUUUGAGGUCCGCAACGGCGAGCUCGCCCGCGCCAAGUCGCUCAUCUACCGCGCCCUGCGCGAGUGCCCCUGGUGCAAGGAGUUCUACUUGCGGCCCUUCUCCCCUGCCAUGCGCCCCGUCUUCCGCUCGCGCGAGCUGCGCGACUUUCACCACCUCCUCCUCGAGAAGGGCCUGCGCGUGCACGUCGACAUCGACCGGCUCCUCGACGGCGCGGUCCUGUCGGACAUGGACGACGACGGCGGGGAGGACCAGGAGGACGGGUCCGAGCGGCUCGAGGCGGCGGGCGAGGAGGUCUUGACGGAGCGGACGAGGCUCAUGCCGUACUGAGGAGUGCAGCGUCGAGCAAGUUGGCCUCGUG